UUUUGGACCUGUUGCCACCCUUAAUAAAAAAUCUAGAAGUAGCACCUGUUCUUCAUUUAUAUAAAUUAUUGUGCAAUGUGGAAACUAAGGAACAAACGGAACAGACUUUACUUCUAGCUUCUGCUUUAAUUAAAUUCAUUUGGUCAAAUGGCAAUACAUCUUCGGGAAUGAUCGUUUCAGAGAUGGGUGAUCAUCCGAAUGCCCAUAGUCCAUUUUCUGUGCUCAUGAAAGGAGCUAUGCACAUGGGCGUCAGUGGGUCAGACAUUUCUGGACUGAUUAGAAAGCGGGAGCCCAGCAGCAGCGAGAGGAGUGUGAGCAUAGAGGCAAGCAACAGUGAAGACGAAAGAAGUGAUGUGAGACAUGUACACACAGCAAGCGAGCUGGACAGCUCUCAGGUGAGCGACCGCCCAAGGAGCAGCAUCGAGGGCAGCGAGCACACCAACGGCAGCCCCUCCAGCAGCCCCUGCGACGUCGAGCAGCACAAGCGGCUGCUCCAGCAGGCGCAGCGCAAGCGCAACGCCUCCCAGCGCCACCAGGACGGCCGCAAGUGGCGCCACGCCUGCCCCGUCCGCGUGCGCCAGUCCAUCUUCGUCGAGAGCAAGGCGCCGUUCCCCGAGAACAGCUCCAGCGGGGAGGACAGCGAGCUCAGCAGCGUGACGGACGACAGCCUCCAGAGCGACACGGACAACGCGGACUGCUCGGAGGAGCCCCCGCCGGCGGAGGGCAAGGCGGAGAACUCGGAGGACUCCGGCCGGGAGGGGGCCGGGCCGUGCAAUAUCUGGAGCAGGAAGGUGAUCCGGCGGAAGAGGGCGAGGUUCGUCGCCGGCAAGAAGCGGGCCAAGAAGCGCCAGCCCGAGCUGUCCGAAGAGAGCGUGGAGAACUGCAAUCCCGACCUGCACGGGAGCUCUCCCGUGCACUGCGUCACCCCGGUGAAGGACGGCGGCAAGUUCGCCGGCAACCCCGUCGAGCACAAACAUUCCGACGUUUUACCCCCCGCGGUGGACAAGAAACAUCCUGUCGGGCCCCCCGCCCCCCGGAUCCUCCCGGAGCUGGUGAAGGCCGUCCUGGAGAGGGACGAGAACAUGGGGGGCUUCAAUGAGGGGAUGGAUCCUGAUGUUUACGAGUGUAGGCAAUACCUGGCGAAUUUGAGGCCGCAGAGGCAUGUGUCCAUACCCGGGUGA